UAAAAUACACGCGUGCAAGCUUGGCAUCGCGUCUCUAUAUAACCAUCAACAGCUCGCCAUACUUCUCCAUUGCCAUUGUCGUUCUUCUCAGUUCUCACAGGAAUUAACCCCUGCGGUUUCAAGGAUCGAGCACGUAUAAACCACGAGCAAGCAUCUCUAAAAACUUGUUGUCUCGCCGGGAUGAUUUCGAGGUCUCCUAGCCUCUUCCAGAUCGGCGAGGGAGAGGCCCAGGAUCAGGAUCAGGAUCAGGCGGGGACGUCAACAAUGGCGACCGCCGGCGAGCUCGUCGGGCUCCGGCUGAUCAUACAGCCCUCGCCGAGGCGACAACAACGGCCGGCGCUGGCCGUCCUCAGGAGGUCGUCGGUGAGGUCCGCCGCUGCCGACCUACAGGAGAGCAGCGGCUGCCGGCCAUUCCUGGGCCUUGAGUUCCUGAAGUGCUGCCUCUGCUGCUGCAAGAAGAUCGACGGCGACAUGGACGUCUUCGUGUACAAGGGAGAGCAAGCCUUCUGCAGCGCCGAGUGCCGGUCUCAGCAGAUUGCGAGGGAGGAGCGGCGGGAGAUCGAGAUCCUGGUCAGGAAGCGCCGUGACGCGUUCCACAGCCGCCGUGCAGCGCCGGGCAAGACGAUCGGAGGACCGGACGGGCACGCGAGGGUGCAAAUAUCAAGUUUUUGCUAGUUAAUUAGAUCCUUGCUGUACUUGCAGUGAGCAAGUGACAAACGAAGGAGAGUAAAUUGUAGAAAACCAUCAUUUUAAAGGUUAGGUUUGCAAAAAAUACUAAGAUACAUUUUCUCUACACAAAACACCAUAUCUUGCGUAAUGGUUUUGUAAAAACCAUCGAUCGGCGAAUCUGACCCUGUUAAAUGAGUUUAUGACAGGUGGGGCCCACCAGUUAGACUGA